AUGUUUGAUUAAGCAUAAUUAAAAGUUUUAUCCAAGAGAGAUAAAGUAUUAUAUUAUUCUCUUCUAUUUUUAGGAUUAAAAUCAAACUUCGAAUUAUCGUUCAAUAUUGGAAAUUAUUCAGGUGUUUGUAGAAAAGAUAUGCUAAUUUUAUGGGUUAUUUCGGUAAUUAAAAAUAUAUUAUUUCAGUAAUCUUAAUAAUUUAAGCCCAGAAUCAAAACCUUAGAAUUAGCCGUGAUAUAUAUACUUAUCUAAACUUUUUUUAAGAUUGGACCUUAAAAUUUAAAGCUUAUAGGAAUAUUUCUUCAUAUUCAUUAGCUUCUAAAGUAAUUCAUUUUAGUAGUUUGAAAGUUUAAUGAAAUAGUAGCAAUUGUUCAAAUUAAGUGGUAGGAUAAUUUAGGAUAAGUGGAAAUUCAGAUUUUAUAAUCUUUUAAAUUUCAAUUGAAUCUAUAAUUCCAUCCGUUUAUUUGAUUGUAAUGGGUAUUUUAAUAAAUGAAAGAUUUUCAGUCACAUUAUGUUUAUUUUAACGGGUAAAUUAUUUUUAUAUCAUUAAAUUAGAUUUCGAAAUUAGUAAACAUUCUUAGAUUGUUCUCGCUUUUGCUCUUUUUAAAUUUUUCAUAAGAUAAAUUUAAUGUUUUUACUGAUAGAGUUUUAAUUGCGACUAAUAAAAUUAAAUUUUAAUUCAAAUUAAAAAUCUUAAUUGAAACUCAUAUAGAUAGACUAUAUAAUUUAAGAAUGAUCCUUUAAAAUUAAGAUAUUACGAAAAAAAUUGAAUAACUAUUUUAAUCCAAAUAACAAAGAGUCGUUAAUCCUCAUCCCAAUAGAAAAUUUUUAAAUUAGCCAUUUGAUAUAGUUUUUUACAAAACUUGA